UUUGUGUGUGUUUUUGUAUGUCUCUGUUGAGUUUAUCAAAAUGGGUUUGUUGGGUUUUGCAGAAGGUUGUGCUCAUGAUGCUUAAAGUGGACCUGCAGUGCCAUCGGUGUUAUAAGAAGGUCAAGAAAGUUCUCUGCAAAUUCCCUCAAAUUCGAGACCAGAUUUAUGAUGAGAAACAAAACCUUGUGAUUAUCAAAGUGGUUUGUUGUAAUCCUGAGAAGCUGAGAGAUAAAAUUUGCUGUAAGGGCUGUGGGGUUAUCAAAAGCAUUCAAAUCCAAGACCCUGAAAUUCCCAAGCCCGUCGAUCCUCCGCCGCCCCAAAAGGUCACCGAUUCUCCUCCGCCGAAAAAGCCCGACCCACCUCCGCCCCAGAAGGUCAUCGAUCCUCCUCCGCCGAAAAAGCCCGACCCACCGCCUCCUCAAAAGGUCGUCGAUCCUCCGGCGCCGCCCAAGAAGGCCGAUCCUCCACCUCCAGCGCCGCCCAAGAAGGUCGAUCCUCCGCCGGUCGUCGUCCAGAAUCCCCCACCAGUACAAGCCAAGCCGGUACCAAGGAACACAUGCGUGCCGGUUGCAGGGUACCCGCCGGCAUACCCGAUGGGGGUGUGCUGCAGGGAGUGCUAUGAAGGGCGCGGUGGGGGCCCGUGUUACAGUGGGUUCGGUAGGCCGCGCUCAUGCUGCGAGGGGUGCGCUUCUGGAAGGCCUAUUUACGAUAGCUAUGGCGGAGGGAGGAGUUGUUACAUCAGCCCCUGUGAGUAUCUAAAUGAAGAAAAUGCGACAGGAUGCAGUGUAAUGUGAGGCGUUGCAGCUCGUGAAUGGUGCCAGUGACGUCCAUGCGCACCUUAUGGUUAUGAUAAUAAGGGAGUUCUAAUUACAUUACAAUGUGGCCUGGCCUCACUAUAGAGCUCGGCAUUGAGGCUUCAAGGGCGUAACAGAAUAAUAAUUCAUUUCAUUAUGUUCAUCUUGGUUAUUAGUUUUCAAUAACUUAAGAUAGUUAAAAACGCUCAUUCCUCAAUUCGAAAGCUCUAAGAUGUCAACGUAUGUAGAAAAGUAAAUGAAAACCAGACUGAAUUCGAACCGGA